UGACACGUUUCAGUACUUGAUAUUUUCACUUUCUGAUUCAAAUCUGAACAAUUUAAACCACUAAUAGAACUUUCACGCACAUUUCACGGGCUAUUAUUACUUGUAAGGUUCGGGGCUCAUCCAACAAGGUUAGGGGGCGCCGUCUCUAAUGGAAUCAGCAUGCAUUCCACGCGCCGCGCCUACUUACCAUGAGCGAUGCGGAACACAGGUCACAUGAGGAAUUUAAUUGUGUUCCAUUAUCAUAUUUAACUUCUUUUACGGUAAGUCAAAAGUGAAAACGGAAUGGGCGGCAGCGCUCAUCGUCAUUCGUCACCGGCGAUCGAUGGAGGCAACGUCUUUGGGAAGGAUACUCAGAAAUUUAAACCCUCAGAAUGGAAUUGUCCGCGCGCUGCGUAGCAGUAUUGUCGCUCUGCGUGUGUGUUUCUGCGAUUGUCGGCCCGGCUGGAAAUGGCACUAAAUCCAUUAAAACUGACACCUAUUUGGAUGCUUACUCCAAAUCGCGCAUCGAAGCUGAAAAGGCUAAAAAAGGAGUCAUUAUAGUUACUGCUAAAGACGGAGAGAAAAAGAUUUCGAAUCGUGAUGACAGUUUUUCCGGUUAUGAUUAUUCCCCAUCAUACACGGAUAGCAGCUUUAGCUCUUCAUCAAGCUCAGGCUUUUCAGGUCCUCCUUCAAAUAACUAUCUGCCGUCAAACCCUGUGAAGUUCGAAACAGAGAUCACGUAUAACGCCCCAGCUAACAACUACGGACCUCCGCCGCAGAAGUAUGGUCCUCCGGCAAAUAGUUACGGGCCACCAGCGCAGAGCUAUGGACCACCCGCGCAGAGCUAUGGACCACCCGCGCAGUCGUACGGACCGCCUGCGCCCGUGUAUGGUCCCCCUAAACCCGUGUACGGACCCCCUCCGCAACCUUCGUGGCCCGGUAUGCCUUACACAGCGCCCGGCCUGGGAUUCCUCGACAAAUUGCAUUGGAAACUGGAUAUUUUGACGAUCGCAAAGCUGCUGCUGAAGUUGCUGAUCUUUAAGAAGAUUGUGACGAUGAUCGCCGUUGUGUGUAUGCUGCUCGUGAUUCCGAAGCUGAUUUCGUUCAAGAAAGAUGGUGGUGCCAGCAACGAUGAAGACGAAAGGACCUUUGGAAAUAGCAAUUUCGUACAACUGACGUCAGCACAGCAGCUGCUGGAACGCGCGAUAUCCGUGUACGGUCGGCAGGAACCCGACUGCGGCGUUGUAUGCCGGCUCCGAAGGGUGGUGGAUGACAUCUACGAGUUCCAACCUUAUGUCAGGUGAGUAACGUACAUUAUUGCUUGUACAGUUGGCAGGAGCCCGACUGCGGCGUUGUAUGCCGGCUCCGGAGGGUGGUGGAUGACAUCUACGAGUUCCAACCUUAUGUCAGGUGAGUAACGUACAUUAUUGCUUGUACAGUCGGCAGGAGCCCGACUGCGGCGUUGUAUGCCGGCUCCGGAGGGUGGUGGAUGACAUCUACGAGUUCCAACCUUAUGUCAGGUGAGUAACGUACAUUAUUGCUUGUACAGUCGGCAGGAGCCCGACUGCAGCGUUGUAUGCCGGCUCCGGAGGGUGGUGGAUGACAUCUACGAGUUUCAUCCUUAUGCCGGGU